AUGAAAUACAAGGAGAAGGUCUUGAGCACAUACCUGCCAUAUGUACUAGAAAUAUCAGACACCAUAGAAGAAGAAAACAGGGUGGUUAAGUUAUACUCCCUGGGAAAUUUCAAUGAAGAUUAUAAUGGUCCGUGGACAUCAAUCAAUGUGGACCAUCCAUCCACUUUUGACACAUUGGCAAUGGAGCCAAUGCUCAAGAAGGAACUCAUUGCUGACUUUGACAGAUUAGUCAAGAGAUGGGAGGGACAAGACAUUGAUUGUUCCAUUGAGUCCCAGAAUUUUGAAAAAAUGGAACAUACAACAAUAGUGAGCCAGAUAAUUCUAUCUGGGUUGCUUGAUUUCAUUGAUGGACUGUGGUCAAGCUUUGGUGAUGAGAGGAUAAUCAUGUUGACUACAAAUCACAAAGAAUGUUUAGACCCUGCAUGCAUUGUUGAGACUAACCUGCAUGGACAUGCAUUCAGAUCAUCAAAAGUUACUGAAAUGGAGAAACUGAUAAUGGAUGUGGAGGGGAACCCAGCAGAGAUUGCAGAAGAGCUCUUUUGA